AUGCAGGAGUUACGUCCAUGUGCCUCUACUACUGAGUGGUGUGUCACUGUUGCCUCACAAGGAUAUGUGAAUGGGAAUCUCCGUCGGGUCACCAUCAGGUCCUACCCUGAUGAUCUGAAGAAAAACAACCUGCAGUGUUUCACCUGUGAUGAUCCAUCUUCUGCUGAGUGCAACAAGGCAGUACAGUGUGUGGGAGACGAGGACCGCUGCAUUAGUUGGACUGACCGUAAUGAUCUGAAGAAAAACAACCUGCAGUGUUUCACCUGUGAUGAUCCAUCUUCUGCUGAGUGCAACAAGGCAGUACAGUGUGUGGGAGACGAGGACCGCUGCAUUAGUGGGACUGCUGAAGGUCUUCGGUGUUGGCAGGGUACAGGAAAUACAAAGGAGUUACGUCCAUGUGCCUCUACUACUGAGUGGUGUGUCACUGUUGCCUCACAAGGAUAUGUGAAUGGGAAUCUCCAUCAGGUCACCAUCAUGUCCUACCGUAAUGAUCUGAAGAAAAACAGCCUGCAGUGUUUCACCUGUGAUGAUCCAUCUUCUGCUGAGUGCAACAAGACAGUACAGUGUGUGGGAGACGAGGACCGCUGCGUUAGUGGGACUGAUUUCCUCAUCAUGAUGAAGCUGAUCUUGUCUCUCACUCUCAUCUGGACUCUCUCCAGCACAGGAUAUGUGAAUGGGAAUCUCCGUCGGGUCACCAUCAGGUCCUACCCUGAUGAUCUGAAGAAAAACAACCUGCAGUGUUUCACCUGUGAUGAUCUAUCUUCUGCUGAGUGCAACAAGGCAGUACAGUGUGUGGGAGACGAGGACCGCUGCAUUAGUGGGACUGCUGAAGCUCUUCAGUGUUGGCAGGGUACAGGAAAUACAAAGGAGUUACGUCCAUGUGCCUCUACUACUGAGUGGUGUGCCACUGUUGCCUCACAAGGAUAUGUGAAUGGGAAUCUCCAUCAGGUCACCAUCAUGUCCUACCGUAAUGAUCUGAAGAAAAACAACCUGCAGUGUUUCACCUGUGAUGAUCCAUCUUCUGCUGAGUGCAACAAGGCAGUACAGUGUGUGGGAGACGAGGACCGCUGCGUUAGUGGGACUGACCGUAAUGAUCUGAAGAAAAACAGCCUGCAGUGUUUCACCUGUGAUGAUCCAUCUUCUGCUGAGUGCAACAAGACAGUACAGUGUGUGGGAGACGAGGACCGCUGCGUUAGUGGGACUGACAGUAACAAAAUCUGUUUAAGGUCCAGUUCUUCUUCUAGUUUGGACUCAUACCGCUCUGCCAAACUCACUGUGCUCUCUAGUAGUCAGCUCCCCCUGCUGCCCAUAAGUGCUGCUCAAAGUCAGACAACACUGGAGGCCAAACUUGGGGCCCUGCAGUGCCACUUCACCUGGGACCUGGACCCCAGCAGAUCCAAACUGUUCUGUCUCAGGGACAUGCUGAAGGACAUCGGCACUGAGGAGGGAAACAGCUGGCUGGGUCACAUUUACAACCUGCAGGGGUACAUUCACUACCAGCUGGGCUUCACUGAAGAUGCACAGCGUUUCUUCAGCAGGGCUGCAGAGGCCUUGCGCCACAUGAGAAACACCUGCUCAGAUGAAGGUCCCUGGUUGGUCGUGAACUACGGGAACCUGGCUUGGUUGCACCACCAGCUGGGAGAACAAGCAGAGAGUCAGACUUACCUGUCAAAGGUCGACACCCUGCUGAAAGAAUACCCAUCUCCAUCAGAGGAUGAGCUCCAUCCAGAGAUCUACGCUGAAAAAGCCUGGACCCUGAUGAAGUUUGGCAGAGACAAAAUACUGCUGGCUGCAGAUUACUUCCAGAGAGCCAUCAGGAUGCAGCCAGACAUGGUGGAGUGGCACACCAGUCAUGUGAUAGCUUUAGUGAAUGUUUCUGGGCCCCGUGACAAACCACUGGAGGAAAACAUCCUGGAGAAAAUGAAAAUUGCCAAAGAACACGAUCCAGACAACUUGUACCUUGCUGCUCUGUACCUUCAGGCAUGUGCAAAGAAGGGAAGAAAAACCGAAGAUGAAGCACGUGAGUUGGCCGAAAAGGUUUUGAGAAAGCCACCAAGUAGCCACAGUGGUAUAAGACCAUUACUAAUGCUGUACAGAUUGUAUAUAUCUAAAGAUGAGGCUAUUGAUUUGGCAGAGGAGGCUCUGGAAAGACAGAUAAAUCCAGAUAAACGUCAUCUCAAGAGGUGUGCUGCAAUCUGCUACAAAUGGAGGAUUUAUUCAGACAGGGACAAUCCCCUGGAGCCAAAAAAGAUAGACAGAGCAAUUAGUCUCUAUAAAGAAGUGAUCUCUCUUUACCCUGAUUCUUCACUUAAAGUAAAAAUAGCUCUCGCAAACAUACAUACACAUUUGAAUCAUGGCCAGGAUGAUGCUGACCAGAUCUACCAGGAUCUGCUAGAAAGUGAUCUGGAACCUGCAGACAGACAGAUGGUUUACAACUGCUAUGCCAAACAUGUAUUCUUCAUUCAUAAUGACAGCAACAAGUCAGUAGAAUAUCACAUGAAGACAGCAGAGAUACCACAUCAAUCUGGCUAUCGUGAGAGCAGCAUCAGAGAGCUGAAGAAGAUUAAAGGAAGAAGAAGACACUACAUGUGUGGAGAAAUUGAUGAGUUUCUUGCUAAGCUUCAAGACUAA